UCUUUUCUUCUUGUUCCUAAUCGCCAUUGACGAAGCAUCAGGUGCUGCUGAGAAAGGCAGGAAAAUAAUGUUCAGAUCAUUCCUUCUAAAGGUCGUGUCUAAACAGCUUAGUUAUCAUCCAGAUGUCACUAAACAGCUUUGUCGUCAUCCUUUCCAGUUCCAUUCAGAGAGAGGAAUGCACAGCAGAAAUAAGAAGGCAAUGGAGUUCAUAGCUAGAGGGUGGAAUGCUCUGCAGGAAGUUGAUAGAGUAAUUGAUUAUUGUGAGCUUAAUGACAAACGUCUCAUUCCUCCACUAAGGACAGCAAAGGAGAACUUUGAGUUGGCCCUAGAAGCAGACAACUCAAAUACGCAUGCAAGAUAUUGGCUUUCAAAACUUCAUCUCAAGUACCAUGUCCCUGGGGCAUGCAAAGCUGUAGGAGCUGCUUUAUUGGUCGAAGCUGCAGAAAUGGGUGACCCAGAAGCUCAAUUUGAAUUAGGUUGCCGUUUAAGAGUCGAGAACGAGUAUGUGCAAUCAGAUCAGCAAGCAUUUUACUACUUGGAGAAAGCUGUUGACCAGUUGCAUCCAGGUUCACUUUACCUCUUAGGUGCUGUGUAUCUUACUGGGGAUUGCGUGAAAAAGGAUGUUGGCUCUGCUUUGUGGUGUUUCCAUAGAGCAUCUCAGAAGGGUCAUGCUGGAGCAGCUAUAGCGUAUGGAUCCCUUUUACUCACAGGUGUGGAACUUCCAGAAUCAAUAACGAAAUUUUAUGUGAAGAGGGGGUCAUCAAGCAGAAUAUCAAGGAGGAACGGAGUUGAUGCUGAGCUUAAUCCGAUUGAGCUGGCCAGAGAACAAUUUGAAAUUGCUGCAAAAGCAGGAUCGGACCUUGGAUUUAGAUGGUUACAAAGAAUUGAGGAGGAAGUGAAACGUCUGCAGUCUUCCUAGCUCACGAAUAUCUGAGACAGAGUCGAUUGAUUAACGUACCUACAAGGGUUGAGAUUGAUUUCUGGGAAUGAGUGACAAAUUCGAUGACGAGUCAAUGGUUGCAGCUGCUAAGACAUCUUGUUGAAUGAUGUGGAUCAGAGUUAAGAGCAAGCUGAUUUUCCAUUGUUUGUAAUUUGUAUGUCCUUCAUUAGUAAAAAGAAGUUGAAACUUUGCAGGCAGCUUUUUGGUUAAUGAAGAGGGAGGGAUUUGUUAGAAUUUGUUAUGAGUAUAGUCUUAUCUGGUAGGAAUGUUUUGUUUGCUCAACACCUUUGGCCUUUUUUCUUAAUGUAAUAUAUGUGGCUUAAUCAUGGCAUGCUGAAAAAAUGAAUAAGAGAAGAUUGUUUAUUUCUCUUAA